AUGAAGGCCUUCAACUACGAGACGGAUCUUGUCUUGGAAAGGCUCCCGGGGCUCUUCCCAUGCAACGUGCGUGAAUCGGCUACGUCGUUUGCUUUUGACUACGCCGUCCGCUCUUUUCCCCUCUUCUGGUUCCUUCUGUCGCUCCUUUGCCUCUACACCUGGCUGUCUCUCGUCUCGUUCUUGACAAAGUGGAUGGUAAGCACCGACAACGCUAUGGUUGUCAAGGGCUCUUUCUUCUCGAGGGAUAAGGUGGCCAAGCCCACCAAGGCCUCUAAGAAGUCGUUCGAUGGGCAUGCGAAGAUGAAGAUGCAGGAGUCGUUGGAAAGUCCGGCGGAUGAUUCGCUUCUUAGUCCUAUAGUUACGUUGAUUGUGAGCCGGGAUCAGCGUGUUUUCGUAGCUCAUGAGAAUAUUCUAUCCCGGUCUCGUUACUUUGACUCGGUGCUUAGGGAUCAAUUUCCGGUUGGAAGCGUGAACAAAGCGUUGGUUUUGCCAGAAGAAGAACCAGAAGUUAUAUCCUGCGUUCUCGAGUUCCUGUAUAAUGGCGACUAUACUCCGCGCUUACAACGCAACAAGAGCCAGAGGAAAUGGGAACUCGAGAGCUUCCAGGACGUACACCACCCCGGCGGCACCGCCCUGAGUCAAUCCACGAUCUUUCACUCUGGAGUGGGAGAUCUCAUUCUCCGGGAUACUGCCGUGUACUGUGCGGCCGAGAAGUAUGGCCUAGGAGGGCUCAAGGAUCUUGCUCUGCGCAAGCAGGGCUUGCAAACUGGGAUCCCAAUCGAGAUCAUCCUCCGGUCUGCGCGGUACGCAUAUGACAAUACUCCGGACUCAGAGUACCGGCUGCGCGCUCACUAUCUGGCCAUGGUCAUUCGGACCCGCGACAUAUUCAAGCGCAGUGGGACCAUGCAAUUCGAGAUGGAAAUGGGGCAUAAAUUCUUUUUUGAUCUGUUUGUUGCCAUGUGCAAUCAUAUGGAUGAUCUCGGGGAUAUGAGGUAUGGAUCCGUAUAUUUGUUCAACAAUAUGCGCGCUGACAUAUAUGCCCUCGUUAGGAUCUAA